AUGGGCUCCAGAGAUAGGGACACAAAGUCCUUUCAUGACAAGUUGAAAGUGUUCUUCAAGAAGGGUGCAACGGCGCCCGUCGCCGCACAGAACGAGCUGGUAGUGAGCGCGGAGCUGCGCCGGGAGCUGAGUCCCGAGACCCCGCUCGGCCGCCGCCUGCGGGCCAUCAAGGAGGUCGGCGACCGAGUCCUACACAUCAGAGUACAAGAAGGUGGCAUUGAGAAAAUAUGGAGUUGUACUCGUGACCUCCUCGAAGACUCCAAUAUGGAAGCUCGUCAUACCGUUCUCGGCCUGUUGAAGAACAUAGCAGAGGGACAGACAGACAUGCUGGUCAUGAGAACAGUGAUGUUUAGGUUCCUGAGAGAGACACACGCCAGCCACUCACCUGAUGAUUAUGUACUGCGAUUUAAAUUACUGUAUGCACUCACCAACACUGGGAAAGAUAUUAAAUGUUUUGAAGAAGAGAUUGGUCCUUUCUUAUUGGAGUGGUUGCCUCAGAUCCAAUCUCCGUCACACAUUAUAGACUUUGUGAACCUCGUCAUUAAUGUGGUCAAGUUCAAUGCCGUUUAUCUGGAUGAGGAAAUUGUACAUGGAAUAGUCAAUAAUGCUUGUCACCUGUGCGUGUACUCGUCGGAGGGCGGUGUUGUCCAGAGCUGCCUCACUCUGCUGCAGGCGGUCGUCUCGUACUCGCUGCUCCCUCGCGCCGCGCUGCCGACCUUCGUGGCCGCGCUCUGCCGCACCGUCAACAUCGAACAUUACUGUCAGAACAGCUGGAAGCUGAUGCGGAACGUGGUGGGCGCGGACAUGGGACAUGCGGCGCUGCAGGAGAUGGUGGAGCUGGUCCGGGGCGCGGGCGGGGGGGAGGCGUGCGGGGAGGACGCAGCCGGCCUGGCGCGGGGAGCCGUUUUCUAUAUCAACAUGGCACUGUGGGGUCCGCGGCGCGUGCACACGCUGCACGUGUCCUUCCUGGCGGUGCUGCCCGCCUUCCUGAAGGCCCUGUCCGGCCGACACUCGGUGGUCACGUACGAGGUGGUGAUGGCGCUCCAGAGCCUGGUGACCCGCGUGCACGACCAGCUGCACGCCGUCGCCUGGGACCUCGUCCUCGACAUCAUAAGGGCUGUACUGCAGCAGGACAAGAGCCUGGAGCCUCCCAACGAGCUGAUCCACACCCGCGUCCACGCACUGAUUACAUCCAUAGAGUCGUUGCACGAGGCGGGGCAGUUCCAGGGGGACGUGGAGGCGCUGCUGGACCUCAUCGACCUGUGCGGACACGACCGACCGGAGUCGUCCGUGAUGCGUCUGAUCUCCGAGCGCUGCCUGUACAUGGGCGGGUCGGCGGCGGGCGCGGCGCUGCAGCUGGCAGAGCGCUACGUGCGGCUGGAGCCUCGCCCCGCGGUCCGCCUGCACGCGCUCGCCUCGCUAGUGGCUUACAUCAAGAGACACCGGUGUACCCACGGCGAAGAGUUGUCGGAGCGUGUGGGCGGGUCGAUAGCGGCGGCCUGCGCCCUGGACGCGGACGUGUCUAUUAGAGCAGCCAUCGCUAAGGCCAUACCGGAGCUGGCCCGGCUGUGCUCACCGGACGCCUGCAUCGACCUCAUCGACCAGCUGGAGAAGAUCUUGAACCGUCCGUUCGACAUGUACGUGACGGAGGUGUCGAUCCCCGGGGACGCGGACACGUCGGACCUGCAGGCGGCCGCCGCGGCGCUACUGGAGCUGCUGCACGACAAGCUGCUGCGGGCCCCGGCCGCGCCCGCCGCGCGCGCCUUCCUCGUGCUGCUCGACCACCUCGACCACCACUACCGACGGCCCGCGCUGCUGCACCACCACCCCGACAUACGACUCAAGAUCUUUGACAUGCUGUUCGCUCUGCGCGCCAACGAGUUCAACUGCGUGGGCUUCUGCUACGACGCGGCCGGGUGCGCGGUGUCCGGGGCGGGCGCGCUCCGUCUCCGCGCGCGGUGUUCCCCGCUACUGCUGGUGGAGCCCCCCGCGCCCCGCGCAGCGCCCCCGCCCGGCCCGCGCGAGCUGCCCCCCGGCGCGGUGCUGCUGCCGGCCGGCCGGUUGGCCCGCGCCCUGCCCGCCGCGCUGGCCCGCGAGCCCGAGUGGCCGGUGUUGUCUCACGUGCUGCGCGCCCUGCCGCCGCUGCUGCACGCGCGCGCCCUCGCGCUGGGCCGGCGCGCGCAGGACCUGGACCUGCUGGCCGCGACCCUGUGCUCCAUGGUGUCGGACCGCAGCCUCUCAGGCGCGGGCGGCGGGCGGCCGCUGGUGUCGGACUUCCACGCGGCGGCGCUCCCGUCGCUGGCGGCGCUGGCCUCCUACCACGCCUACCUGGAGCCGCAGACCCAGCAGCGUAUCGUCAAGUGCCUGCUCAAGUACGGGAUGGUGCUCCGCGCGCCGCAGCCCUACAUCAACGCCCUCACCAUGUUCACGCUGGAGACCCGCGACACGAUGGUGAAGCUGCUCCCGGAGGUGUUGCUGGACCUGUCCAAGAUCUCCGACACCAAGGCCAUCGCCAGCCCCAUGCUGGAGUUCCUGUCCACCCUGACCCGCCUGCCCCGCGUGUACGCGUCCUUCGUAGAGGACCAGUGUAUGACGGUGUUCGCGAUCCUGCUGCCCUACACGAACCCGUCCCGCUACAACCACUACGUGGUGUCUCUGGCGCACCACGUGAUCGCCGCCUGGUUCCUCAAGUGCCGCCUCUCAUACAGGCGGAACUUCGUCAGCUUCAUCAUUAACGGUCUUCACAAUUACAUCAUAGUUCCGUUCGAGGAGCAGUACGCGCACAGAGCACAGAGGAACGAAGACUCAUCCAACAGACAGAGGAGCUCCAGCCUGGGUUCCCGCGCCGUGUCGCACGCGCCGCUGUCAGGUCGGGGCAGCUCCGCGCGGGACUCGGCCGCGCUGGCCGCCUUCCACGUGGAGCUGACCGAGACCUGCAUCGACCUCCUCGCCAGAUACACCUUCACACCCUGCAGCGUCAAGCCGCAGAGGAGCGACACGGCCGAGUUCCUGUUCAGCGGAGGCCAGUCCACCACGUGGCUGGUGGGACACAAGCUGGUCACCAUCACCACCUCCGGCUGUCUGCAGAACUCCAUCAAGCAGGGGCUGUGCGAGAGAUGCGCCACCCUGUGUCGCCGACACGUGGAGAGUGCGAGCAGCGCCCUGCCCGGAGACACGCCGCAGGAAAACUCGGAGCAGUCAGGAUCCCUCCAGCCGCCGCCCUCUGAAAUCAAACGACAAAACUCGUCCGAGAACAAACCCACGGAUCCUCUGCUGGACGCGCUCAAUCAGUUCACGCAGCGCUUCGAGAAAGUGUCCAAAGAAGUGGAGUGCGAGGAGGGCGGCUGGUCGCGGGUGGGCGAGCUGUCGGCCGGCGGCACGUGUCCGUGUUGGUGCGCGCGCUGGGCCGAGCUGCACGUGCGGUCACCCACCGGGGACGUGUCCUGGCUGCUGAGGAUGCAGAACCAUAUCAGCUCGUCGCAGCUCCAGGAGUGGCCGCUGCAGGACGUGCUCGCGCUCCUGGCGCCGCCGGGGGCUUCGGUCGUGUGUCCGCCGGCCGGCCCCGCCCCCUGCCCCGCCCCACCGCCGGCCGGAGCCCCCUCAGCCCCCGCUGAGAACUCCACUCGUCCGUCUCGAUCCUCUCUACAACGCUCUCACGCACAGGACCUGCACAAAUCAAGUUCUGACUCGGUGGUGGGUGACCGCCGCAGCCAGUCGGGGGGCGCGGCGGGCGGCGCUCGUCUCAGCACGCAGCCCAUCAACAUCCCGGGCUCGCCGCAGAGACAGAGCUCCUCCAGCACCACCGACGACGAGGAGAUGCUGCUCACAAGACCGGAGGGUAAAUCUCGUCACCACGUGCGUCGCUCCAACUCGUCCCCGGAGAUGUCGUCUCUGAAGGGACUGUCGAGGGAACUCGACCACGACCUGAACGACCACGACGAACACAUGCUGCUGCCCAUGUGUGAACCAGCGAACCCGGUGUCGCUGCACGCUCCGAAGAAGGCUCCCAAGAAGACGGACACUCGUGUGUCGUGUGAGGCCAUACCGGAGGAGAUGAGCGGCACCUCGCCGCAGCCGCACCCUCAACACCCUCAGCACCCUCAACACCCGCAGCAACACACGCACCCGCACCCUCACCUCGUCACAUACAACUCGGACCCGGGAGCACCCGAGGAGCCGCGACCCUCCGCGCACCAACUACAGAAGACGAGCAGCGACAGCCGCGUCACCCUCAACUCCACGGAGGGUCGCGGGGCGGCGGCGGGGGGCGAGGGCCCGGGGGCGGAGUCCCGGGACGAGCUGCAGCCCCUGGCGCGCUCCAAGAGGUCCAACACUAUCAGUGUCAUGAGCCCCACCAGGAGGAACCGUGAGUCUCCCCGGUCCGCGGUCAGUGCCCCUAGCUCGGCGGGCGUGUCCGGGGCGGGGGGAGGCGCGGGGGGUGUGUCUCCGUCGUUCGUGUUCCUGCAGCUGUACCACAACAUGAGCACGUUCCCGAUCUCCCCCUGCGUGCCCGGGUCCCCUCCCCCGCCGCUAGUGUGUGGCGGCGCGCUGCACGCUCGGCCGCUCAAGGUGUCGGACGCGCAGCAUCAGAGGACCAUCAAGAACCUCGACCUCGUGCCGCCGCUAGAGACAUACAAGGUGGGCGUGCUGUACGUGGGCCCCGGACAACACGACGAUGAGGUGGCCAUACUCAAGAACGAAUACGGCAGCGUCAGGUACAUGGAGUUCCUGCGGCAGCUGGGCACGCUGGUGCCGCUGGAGGGCGCCGAGGAGCCCAACCUGUUCCUGAACCUGGAGAAGGGUGGCAAGGACGGGCGCUACACGUACGUGUGGAGCGACGACAUCAUGCAGGUGCUGUUCCACGUGGCCACCGCCAUGCCCAGCUCCGACAGGGACCCCACCUGCAACGAGAAGAGGAAGUACAUCGGGAACGACUUCGUGAGCAUCGUGUACAACGACUCGCAGCACAACUUCAACAUACACACCAUCAAGGGUCAGUUCAACCUGUGCAUCGUGGUCGUGGAGCCGCUCGCUCACGGCAUGCACCGCGUCACGCUGAAGACUAAAGACGAGAGACUCCGCAGCGAGUUCCUCGCGCACGCCGAGCCCGCCUGCGUGUCCGACCACAACGUGGCGCUGCUGGCCAGGCAGCACGCGCUGCACGCCGCGGUACGGACACUAACUAGGGGCCCUCACCCCCACACACACACACACACACACACACCCCCACCUCACCGUCUGUACGUGUGGUUACAGCUGGCCUCUCAGAUCUCGCAGUCCCUGAAGCCGGGCGGCGAGCCGUACGCGUCCAACUCCCUGGAGCGCCUGCGUGUCAUCAAGCGGCUGCGGGCGCGCGCGCUGGCUGCCCGCCUGGCCCGGCCCGCGCCGCCCUACGCGCCGCCCGACCCCGCGCCUCUCGCCAUCGACGACUUCAACCACUACACGUGA